CUCAAUGAGGUCGUCUUUGGGAGUUUUUGAGUGUGUUUAAUGGGUAGACUGGUUCUGGAUAUGGGGGGAUGUCAGAGCAACAGCAGCUCUGAUGAAGAGGAUGUCAAUGUUCCGAAGGCAAACCGCAGCUUGUUUAAAGUCAGAAAAAACAACGGUCUACAUCUAGUCCUGUCCGCCGAGGUUAAACCGUACCUGAAAGAUCAUUUUCUGUCUAAACGCAUCACUGACGUCGAUCUUCUGACCUUCUCUGCUCUUCCACAUGGAAUUGACCAGCAGGAGUGGGUCGCAACCCACACUGUCUCGUUCUUCCAAAACACGAACGUCCUCCUCAGCGCUUUGUCGGACUUCUGCUCCAUGACGACAUGUCCGACAGCCAAAGGCCCUAAAAAUACUCUGUAUGAAUGGACGGAUGAUCAGGGCAGAAAGCUGAAGUGUGUUGCUCCGGUCUACAUCGACUACGCCAUGUGUUACAUCCAAGAGCUUCUGACAGAUGAACGUGUGUUUCCUUCCAAAACAGGUUUACCAUUUUCUCCUGGAUUCAUGUUUCUGAUUCAGAAGGUCUUUGUAUUGCUCUUCCGUACCCUGGCUCACAUGUUCAGUGCACAUUACCAGGACAUCAUCGCCAUGGAGUUACAUCCUCACCUCAACACGCUCUUCUUACACUUCAUCACCUUCAGCCACACAUUUAGACUGCUGGACCCCGUUGAGACGGCACCUAUCGAUGACCUCAUCACAGUGCUCACAUGCUGAAAACAUUUAGACACAUGGUUGACAAAAUCCCAUACAGAAACUGGGAUUUUUACUAAUGAACUGAAAUAACACAUCAGUCAAAUACAUACUUGGCUUUGAUUGGACAGCUCAGUAGUUUCCCACACCCACGGCAGCUGUGAACUCCGGCUUCUAACAACUGACGGUUCUUGGGAAUCUACACUAUUUUCCAUCAAGCGUGCCAUGCAAAUUCCAGCCGCAUUCUUUAUCAACAUUUGUCUGCAACAUUUAAAAAUAUGACAGCUAUUUUGUACAACAUAGAUUAGCGGUCUGUGACAUGCUUUCUGUCGUUAAAUCUCAUCGGUCCAAUGCAAACAUAAAAUAUCUUGUGAAAGCUUUAAUGCAGACAAAACAAUGUGUUAGGGUGUAAAUCAUAAAUGUGAAUCAUGUCAUUGACAACAAAUCAUUGACAAAUGCCAUUUCACACAAACAUGCAUCCUCCCUCGAUUCAGAAAUGAAGGACAUUUUGUAACAAUGAAAAUUGUAAAGCGCUAUAUAAAUAAAGUUGAGUUGAGACAUUUUAAUAUAAUUUAAGCGACAAAUACUGUGAUAUGAUAACAUAUCACAUAUAUUUCUCAUAUUGGUUUGUGUUUAUCUUCACACAGGUGAACAUGUUUGGUUUGCUAAUGCAUGUAUCUAGUGGUCUGAAGAAUUAUGGUUUGUAUGGAAAAGAGAUCAAAUUUUCUGUUUCAUCCAGAGCAUAAAUAAAUGCUCAUGAAUGAACAGCCCUUAGGAUACACACACACACACACACACUUCUCUGUUUGCGAUCUGGUCUGACUGGUUCUCAAGAGGAAAUAGAUCUCUUUAUAAACACACACACACACAAUAUGUUCAGCCUUUGUUGUGCAUGAAUACAGUUAAUAAUAUCAUUUUAUCUUGUGCAGUGUUUAAGCGAGUCAUUUUGAAUAUCAGAAAUAGUGACUCAAACAUGUUUUUGUGUUACUGGAACACAUUGACAUGACAAUUGAAGUCUGUUUUUGAGAUUUUAGUUUACUGUGCUGUAUAUACUGUAUACUACCUACUUUUUUAAAAGAAGCAUGUGAAAUAGUGUGUAGUAUACAACAAUAAACAUUUCAAACUGUGA